AUCUUUUAUGGCAGGCAAGCAAGCGUUCUGACUCAAUGUUUUGCCUGUGUUCUUUCAUUCAGUCUUUCCACUGCAGGCAUGGGAAGGCUUAUCUCUUCAAUAAAGUUGUGAACAUCUCAGUUGGAGAGAAAGAAGAUCGAAUGAUGAUGACUGGAAUGCACACUGUUGCUGACAUAUUUUGUGUAGGUUGUGGGUCAAUUGUGGGAUGGAAAUAUGAGGCUGCACAUGAAAAAAGCCAGAGGUACAAGGAAGGAAAAUUCAUCCUUGAGAGGUUCAAGGUGUCAGGUCCUGAUGGAAGCCACUAUUGGGCAACUCAGGAAUCUCAUGUUGUUGGAAGUGAUGCAGAUGAUGCCUAACUAGCCUGAAUUAGUGCUAUCAAAUGCUAUUCAAACUGUACAUCCUCUGCCUUGUUGUUCAUGGAUCUUGAAAUUGGUUAUUUUCUCACAUGGCAGCUUGCCUAGUUGCCCCCGAAACACAGAUUCUCAUUCGUAAUUGUUAUAUCCGAAUUGUGUUUGAACUAACUAGUGUACUGGAUGGGUAUGUUAGUGCUGAAGAUCCUACAAUCUUAACCCCCCCAAGUACCCAGCUUUAAGGUGGUUGGUGACUGUUUAUUACAGUCCAGUCACAAUGCUUAUGCCCUUGCUGCUAUUGUCAUAUCAUUUUGUCUCACUGGCUUAAGGAAAAGAAAGAUGUAGCAUUUAUGAUUUCUGGUUCUC